AUGUCGUGUACGAUUAAGUGUAACAGUUGCAAUAUCGUGAUAGACGAACUACUAUCGUAUAUACAAAAUAAAAUAUCGAUAGCUGACGAAGAGAGUUUAGUUAAGAUAUGUGCUUCGACGUUCUCCAUUGAACAAAUAAAUAAGUCCAAGGAGUUACUUUUUGAAUCUGUUCCGUCAGAUCAACGUAAAACGAUUAGAAAAGGGAAGGGAAAAGAGAAUCGUGUUUUAUUUGAUAUAUUCAGUUUCUUCAAAGUAACUAAUCCUGACCUACUCCCUGUGUUCGUAGCGCGGGAUCUAGAAAAACUGCCCCCAAUUUUGUUCGACCAUUUGGAUACAUCUAAGCUCCUGAAGGAUUUGGCGUUGGUUCGUAGCGAAAUUGAUAUUAUUAAGUCCUCUUAUGUAUCCAUCGACCAGUUGGAAGCCGUAAAAAGGGAUCUUUUAAAGUUUCAAUAUGCGUUACCCCCCUUUUCUGCUGCUAAUAUAAACAUUAAAAGGGGCGCGUACCAAGAUAGCGGUCCUAUAGGAUUAACAAAUAUGGAUGAAUCGGCUAUAAGUCAUUACGAAAAUGAAAUAAAUCUUCCAAAUAUUGAUAGUCCCCGUUUUAAAAGUUUAAACAAAAUUAGCGUGGACGGUAGUAAUGAAAUUACUGUGAGCAAAAGUCCCUCAGUGCGACCGGUAAGCGAUGAGUCACCCGACAGCAAAGAAUGUCAGCUGAGUGAUGGCGAUACGACAACGCAAAACAAGUCUUAUGCGAUAGCCACAAAGUCGAAAGCGAAAUCAAACCCAAAUGAGGGGUGGAAACUAGUCCAAAAAAAAGGACGAAAGAGAAGGAAUUAUAUUGAAGGGAAAACAGGGAGUGUGGUAGUUGAUGCGGAGGAAAAAUUCAGAGCUGCAGGGCGACACACACCCCUAUUCAUUACAAAUGUUCAUAAAAAUACCUCUGAAUCGGAUAUCACUACGUAUAUACAUAAGAAAACUCAAGAAACAGACUUGAGAAAAUAUCCAUACAACGUGAAUGUGAAUAUAAUGCAUAUAAAUUUUUUGUAUUACAAAGUAAAGUCCCUCUGUUCUUGGACGAGAGUCUAUGGCCAAAAGGGAUUAUUUUUCGCCGCUUUAUUAAUUUUAAAGUGUCACGAAAUAGAAAUAUCGGCUCAGUUA